CCCCAGCGGCAGGCGCACGUUUUGCCGGGGGAGCUACGGCGCGUGCGCAGGCGCGGCGGCGGCGGCGGUGGCGCGUCAUGGCGGUCGCACGGUUGUGCCGGGCCUUCGGGGCGCUGCUGCUGCCGGCGGCGGCGCCGCGGAGCGCCCCGGCCCUGACGGCGCAGCGCGGCCCGCCUCCGGCCACAGUGCCCUGGCUCCCGCCGCCCGGCGGCCCCUGGAGGGGGCUGAGCGCCUCGGCGCCGCGCCGCACCACCGACCCGCUGUGGAAGUGCCGCGUCAAGUACACGGUGCGGCCCGUGGGCAUGAAGAAGACGGGCGGCCGCGACCACACAGGCCGCAUCCGCGUGCGGGGCAUCGGCGGCGGGCACAAGCGGCGGUACCGCAUGAUCGACUUCCAGCGGCUGCGGUACGAGGAAGGGGCCCCGCCGGCACCCUUCGAGGAGAAGGUCAUCAACGUCUGCUACGACCCGUGCAGGUCAGCUGACAUCGCCCUGGUGGCCGGUGGCAACCGGAAGCGCUGGAUCAUUGCCACGGAGAACAUGCAGCCAGGGGACAUCAUCAAGAAUUCAUCUCAUAUAGGCCGGAUGGCAGUGUCAGCCAACGAAGGGGAUGCCUAUCCGCUGGGGGCUCUGCCUGUGGGCACGCUGAUCUGCAACCUGGAGAGCCACCCUGGGAAGGGGGCGCAGUACAUCCGGGCAGCUGGGACUUGUGGGGUGCUGCUGAGGAAAGUGAAUGGGACGGCCAUCGUGCAGCUGCCCUCCAAAAGACACAUGCAGGUGCUGGAGACCUGCGUGGCCACAGUGGGCCGUGUGUCCAAUGUCGACCACAACAAGCGGGUGAUUGGGAAGGCAGGCCGGAACCGCUGGCUGGGCAGGCGCCCGCACACAGGCUUGUGGCAUCGUAAGGGUGGUUGGGCUGGGCGCAAGAUCAAGCCUCUCCCACCCAUGAAGAGCUAUGUCAGCCUUUCCCGGGCUGUGGUGCAGGAGUGAUGUGGAGGCCAAUAAAGCAUCCUUCACCCUA